AUGUCGGAACUGUUCACUUGGGGACCACAGUGGUCAGUCAGGGGGUUUGAUCAAGGGGACCACAGUGGUCAGUCAGGGUUUGGUCAAGGGGACCACAGCGGUCAGUCAGGGUUGGGUCAAGGGGACCACAGUGGUCAGUCAGGGUUUGGUCAAGGGGACCACAGUGGUCAGUCAGGGUUGGGUCAAGGGGACCACAGCGGUCAGUCAGGGUUGGGUCAAGGGGACCACAGCGGUCAGUCAGGGUUUGGUCAAGGGGACCACAGCGGUCAGUCAGGGUUGGGUCAAGGGGACCACAGUGGUCAGUCAGGGUUUGGUCAAGGGGACCACAGUGGUCAGUCAGGGGGACCACAGCGGUCAGUCAGGGGGACCACAGCGGUCAGUCAGGGGGACCACAGCAGUCAGUCAGGGUUGGGUCAAGGGGACCACAGUGGUCAGUCAGGGUUUGGUCAAGGGGACCACAGUAGUCAGUCAGGGGGACCACAGCGGUCAGUCAGGGGGACCACAGCGCCCAAUCAGGGUUGGGUCAAGGGGACCACAGUGGUCAAUCAGGGGGACCACAGCGGUCAGUCAGGGGGACCACAGCGGUCAGUCAGGGGGACCACAGCGGUCAGUCAGGGUUGGGUCAAGGGGACCACAGUGGUCAGUCAGGGUUUGGUCAAGGGGACCACAGUAGUCAGUCAGGGGGACCACAGCGGUCAGUCAGGGGGACCACAGCGGUCAAUCAGGGUUGGGUCAAGGGGACCACAGUGGUCAAUCAGGGGGACCACAGCGGUCAGUCAGGGGGACCACAGUGGUCAGUCAGGAUUCUGUUUAUUGGUUGCUGCAUCAGUUGAUGAAGAAUUUGGUGAUCGCAGCAUGAGUGUCUAA